AAGCGCAACAAAAGAUUCUUGUAUUUUACUUUAUCCCUAAUUUAUUGCAAACAUCCCGAGUUUGGCCUCCCAAAAUUUGUAUAAAUACCAAGCCCGUUGCACCAAACUGCAUCACUCAGGUUUGAUUCAUUCAAAGAGUUCACAUCAAAUUAAAUAAAAUGAAAUUCAUCGUAGUUGCUUUAGCUUUAAUUGGUGCUGCAGUUGCCCUUCCACCACCAGGACAUAUUGGUCUAAUUCAAGUGGCUCCAGCCCAUGGAGGACUUCUUCACGGAAGUACAUUGGGUCAUGCUCCGGCUGCAGUAGUUAUUGCACCGGCGCAUGGAGCCAUAAAUCCCCAUCAUGGAGCUGCAAUUGGAUCAGCUUACCACGCCGGAUACCAACAUGGUCUGACUUCCAGCCAUAACCUAGCAAGUCAUGGUGCUAUUCUUCCCGUGCAUGGGGGACAUCACGGUGUUUUGCCAGCGAUUCCAACCCAUCAUGGGAAGUAAAGUACGGAAACCUGUAAGGAUUGUUUCACCAGUGUAAGCAAUGAAUGACGGCUUAAUUAAAAUAAUGGAAUAAUUUCAAAAGCAAAAAA